UUGGGUUCGAUUGCUGGUCAAUCUUGUCUUCCCUCAGACUUUAUCGACCCCCGACUGCGGCAACUGCUCUUGAAACAGCCUACUGGAGUCUGAGUAUCCUUCGUACACCCUCCAGAACUAUAUACUUCUUUACCAAUCUACCAGCCCGCCAGCGUUCCCGAUACUACGUCACAACGAAUAAUGAGGAUCCGGAUUCGCGGUCCGGCGGGACAAUCCACCGUCACGCUGGAUGCAGAUGCAACUGUCGACGACCUCCGGCAUCAGAUCACGGAGAAAACGGGGCUGACGGCGUACGAUGUAAAAUAUGGAUAUCCAAAUAUCAAGCCAUUGGUGCUGGGCGGGCUUCCUUCGAAUCAGAAACUAGCAGAUCUAGAUAUCAUCCUAAACGGGGAACAACUUAUCGUCACACAGCAUGAGAACCCAGCCCAGUCCCCGAUCAAAAGUGAACCUCAAGCAGCAAAUCCUCUGUUGAAAGCGCCAGCUGUAAGCAGCACACCGAAGAAGGGUUCUCCUGAUGAUCCGCCGGAGGUCCCUUCGCCCGACCAUAGCGGAACCUUUGUUCUGCGAAUCAUGCCCGAUGACAACUCUUGUCUCUUUCGUGCAGUGAGUAGUGCAACUAUGGGAGGAGUAGAUGCCAUGACCGAACUACGAUCCGUUGUUGCGCAAACAAUCCAAGCGCACCCAGACAUCUAUACCGAGGCGGUAUUGGAGAAAAAGCCGGACGAAUACUGCCGCUGGAUUCAGAAUGAGGACUCAUGGGGUGGUGGAAUCGAGCUGAGCAUCCUCAGCAAGCAUUUCGAUAUUGAAAUAUGCUCCAUAGACGUGCAGACCCUUCGCAUCGAUCGCUUCAACGAAGGCGCCCCGAUGCGGUGUAUCGUGGUUUAUUCAGGAAUCCACUACGAUACAAUCGCGUUGUCGCCUUCCAGCCCGCCUUAUACUCACUCAGAUGUGCCUCCUGACUUUGAUACCAAAGUCUUCGACGCUGCAGAUCCAUUGGUCCUUGAGAAGUCGCAGGAACUCUGCCAAGUCCUGCAAACUAGGCAUUACUACACUGACACAGCUGGGUUUCAUCUUCGUUGCAAUACGUGUGGAGGGACAUUCGUCGGAGAGAGAGGUGCUACACAGCAUGCCGAACAAACAGGGCAUGUUGAUUUCGGCGAGGCUGGCUGAGAAGAACCUGUGCCAGCUCGCCGAGCAUUGAUCUUCUGAACUAUAUACAACACCUCUAUAGAUAUCAUAAUGCGGCUGUUGGCGAAAGCCGCAAACUCUAAAUUAUUAGACUCAGAGGUUGGGUGCCCCCCUUCCUCCAAUGCAGCCGAAUAAUUAGUCCUUC